AUGUCUGCUCACGCCGAGUCUGCUGUGCGUCCAGAGCCGGACCAGGUCCUCCAGGACAUCGCCGAUUAUGUGCAUAACUACAAGAUCGAGAGCCCCCUAGCAUGGGAGACCGCCCGACUCUGUUUGAUUGACACCAUCGGAUGUGGCCUGGAGGCGCUCAGGUUCCCCGCCUGCGCGAACUUGCUGGGUCCGGUCGUGGAGGGUACUGUGGUCCCGAACGGCACAAAGGUGCCCGGCACGAACUACCAGCUCGACCCUGUCCGUGGUGCAUUCAACAUCGGCACCCAGAUCCGGUGGUUGGACUACAACGACUGCUUCCUCGCUGCGGAGUGGGGACACCCCUCGGACAACCUCGGUGCCAUCCUUGCCGUCGCUGACCACCUCGCCCGCAAGGGUGAGCCCCUGACCGUGCGCGAUGUGCUCGAGUCCAUGAUCAAGGCGCACGAGAUUCAGGGUGGGCUCGCACUCCUCAAUUCAUUCAACCGCGUCGGGUUGGACCACGUCGUCCUUGUCAAGGUUGCCAGCACUGCGGUCGUCUCCAAGCUGCUCGGCCUGAGUCGCGCUCAGACCAUUGACGCCAUCUCCCACGCCUGGGUGGACGGACAGUCUCUGCGCACUUACCGUCAUGCGCCUAACACUGGUUCUCGAAAGUCUUGGGCCGCCGGCGACGCUUGCUCCCGCGCGGUCAACAUUGCCCUUCUCGUCCAGCGCGGCGAGAAGGGUAUGCCCUCCGUGCUCACUGCGAAGACCUGGGGCUUCUACGAUGUCCUCUUCAAGAGCAAGCCCUUCGAGUUCCAGAUGCCGUUCAGCCAGUACAUCAUGGAGAACGUCCUCUUCAAGAUCUCGUACCCAGCCGAGUUCCACGCCCAAACUGCGGUCGAGGCAGCGCACAUUCUCCAUAACAAGCUGAAGGCGCUCGGCAAAACUGCUGACGACAUCAAAAGCAUCCGUAUCCGCACGCAGGAGGCGGCUAUGCGCAUCAUCAACAAGAAGGGUCCGCUAGACAACUUCGCCGACCGAGACCAUGACAUCAACUACAUGGUCGCAUACCCGCUCAUAUUCGGCGAGCUCACCUCCGAGUCAUACACAGACGAGGCCGCGAAGGACCCUCGCAUCGACGCCCUCCGUGCCAAGAUCACCUGCGUCGAAGACAAGCGGUUCAGCGUCGAGUACCACGAGCCCUCAAAGCGCUCCAUCGGUAACGCCCUUCUCGUCGAGCUCAACGACGGUACCGUCCUGGACGAGGUCGAGAUCGAGUACCCGGUCGGUCACAAGCGUCGCCGGGAGGAGGGCACCCCUCUUCUGCUCCGGAAGUUCGAACGCCAUAUCGCUCCCCACUUCUCCAAGGAGCAGCAAGCGCAAAUCCUCAGCACGGUCAACGAUGCCGAGGCCCUUAGCAAGCUCCCUGUCGACCAGUUCACCAACCUCUUUGUGAAGGCAUAA